UCAUCUCUCUCUCUCUCUCUCUCUCAAACACUCAUAUCAUAUAUACAGAUUUUCUUAUUAUUAUUAUUAUUAUUAUAUAUACAACAAUCCCAUUUGUUUCAUACUAUCAAACAUGAAGCAAAAGAUAGUAAUGAAGGUGGAAAUGACUUGCGAGAAAUGCAGAAGCAAGGCCAUGAAGAUUGCAGCUGUGGUACAAGGUGUGACGUCAGUGGCGAUUGAAGGAGCAGAUAAAAGUCUGGUGGUAGUGAUAGGAGAUGGAGUUGAUUCUGUUAGCUUGACCCGCUCACUAAGGAAGAAGCUUGGCUCUGCCACCAUUCAGAGUUUGCAAGAACUGAAAGCAGAAAGUACUGAGAAGAAAACAGACCCAACUCCAACUUUUUAUUAUAGCCAAUAUCCUCAGUACCCCUUGUACCAUGCAAAUACAGUAGCUUAUCCGGAUCAGUACCCCUUGUACCAUGCAGAUGCAGUGGUUUCUGAUCAAUACCCUAGCAAUUGUGCCAUCAUGUGACAGACAUAUUUGCUGAAUAAUUAUAUCGCAACCUGUUCCAUGA